UUACUGGAAACCAUGAAGAUGGGUCUGAGUACGUCGUCCAUGCGCAGGCGUGGCUGUAUUUACGGAAUAGUGCUUGUGCUGAUUCCGUGCACGGUGCUGAUCGUCGUGAUCGGUACCGACUACACGUCCGAGCAGUCCAUGUCGCAGCGUAUGGCAGAGUUUCAGAUGCGCAUGCAGUACCUAGAAUCCAUGUAUCGCACGAAGCAGGAAGAUGUGGCCAUUCUUUCGCAAUACCUUCGACUGGCGGCAUUAAAUGGAGCCACCGUGUCCGGUGGCACCAGCUCGACUGACGGCACAAAUGUAUCACUAGCAAAUCUGGACUUAUUGGACGGGUUGAGCGCGGAUUCGAGAUCGCUCAUACGGAAUGUAACGUCCACGAAUCGGUUAGCGGAAAGUCUGAAGCUACCGACGGCAUUCCACUUUCUACCGCACCUGCUGGACGACUCCGCCUCAUUGCAGCCGAGCUAUAUCGAGAGUAAAAAACGCCAGGGAGUUUCGAUCGUACUCGGCAUUCCGACGGUAAAGCGCGACAAGCAAUCGUAUCUAGUAGAAACGAUCGACAAUCUCAUCUCGAACAUGGACGAGGAGGAGCAGAACGACACGAUGGUGGUGGUGUACGUAGGUGAAACUGAUUUGGAGUACGUCAAGGCUGUGGCUCAGCAAAUACGCACACGCUUCGCUAGUUAUAUUGAUAAUGGCUUCUUGGAAAUAAUCGCUCCGGCUGCAUCGUACUACCCGAAUAUGAAUAAUCUCCGCCAAACGCUUAACGAUUCGCAGGAACGAGUGCGAUGGCGCUCGAAACAGAAUCUCGACUUUGCGUUCCUGAUGGCUUACGCGCAACCCAAGGGUGCCUUCUAUUUGCAGCUCGAGGAUGAUAUUCUUACGAAGAAGGGCUUCGUGACGAUAAUGAAAAAUUUCGCUCUGGAGAAAACGGCGAAAAAGGAGCAUAGUAACUGGUUCGUGCUCGACUUUUGCCAGCUAGGUUUCAUAGGAAAAAUGUUCAAAUCCGCCAAUUUGCCUUGGUUAAUUACAUUCUUUCAAAUGUUUUUCAACGACAAACCCGUCGAUUGGUUGCUGUAUCAUUUGAUAUACACCAAAGUGUGCAGCGUAGAGAAAGAUGGGAAAAGCUGUAAACAGGAAAUGUCCAAACUAUGGAUCCACUAUAAGCCCUCAUUAUUCCAGCACAUCGGGACGCAGUCGUCUCUGAAGGGCAAAGUGCAAAAGCUGAAGGACAAGCAGUUUGGUAAAGUUCCAAAUUUUCAUCCCCAUCGCAAUCCACCGGCCGUUGUGCGCACCGGGAUUCAACCGUACAAAUCAUACACUCUGCAGAAGGCUUAUUCGGGCGACAGUUUCUUCUGGGGAUUAAUGCCUCAGCCCGGGGAUUUGAUUGAGUUCAAAUUUAAACAACCGACCACCAUUCGACGGUUUCUAUUUCGAAGUGGAAAUUUCGAACAGCCUUCCGAUCGGUUCUACAACACCACCGUAGAGGUGCUCCCGGCGAGUGGAAAUGGCUCUGCCAUCAGUGCCACGUUACCAUUUAAUGUGACUAAGGAUGGGUUCCUGGUGGUGGGAAGCUUCAACAACUACGGCAUAGCAGAGGGGGUUAUCGAUUCUAAAAUAGGAAAACUGAAAGAGCUUCGAUUGCACGUUAACAGUGACAGUCAGAAUUGGGUAAUUUUAAGAGAGAUUUAUUUGCAGAGCAAUAAUGUUCGGUGACAGAAACAUUACCGAAUGCUGGAUCCCUUUGUAUCCAGCGAUACGAAAGCAAGAGCAAUUGAAAUGCUUGUCGCCAGCGGCAAGCAGCAGUUGCGCUUGGUAAUGCCAUCGAAGCGGAAUAGCAGCACCAGUCUGCAUCAACGGCGUCGUGUCCUUUCUUCAAAGCAGCCAAAAAAAGGAAAUACACUAGAAGAAAAGGUGCCACCCGUAAAGAAGAUUAGCUCUAGG